AUGGCUGCCACCCACGAUGCAUUCACAACUGGCAAAGAUGAUGGUGAUCUCCGCCGGCGGAAUAUUCAGACACAUGAGAAGGCCAACGGUGGAAUGGUGUACAAGAUCGAAGCCGAAGACACGAAAAAGUUGCAAAAGCAGAAAUCCAAUCUCGUUGCCUUCCUGGACGAAUGGGAAUUCGUGAUCGCACCUCUCAUAUUUACAACACUUGCUUUCUUUACACGAAUGUGGCGCAUCGGGUUGUCGCCUAUUGUCACCUGGGAUGAAGCUCAUUUUGGCAAAUUCGGCUCCCACUACCUAAAGCGCGAAUUCUACUUCGAUGUGCACCCUCCAUUGGGGAAGAUGUUGGUUGGCCUUUCUGGCUACAUAGCUGGCUACAAUGGAUCGUUCGAGUUCAAGUCGGGCGAGAGAUAUCCUGAGGAGCUUAAUUACACCUCUAUGCGAGUCUUCAAUGCCUUUUUCGGAGCUGUCUGCAUACCUCUUGCCUACUUCACUGCACGGGAGCUCCACUUCAAAAGGCCGACUGUCUGGUUAGUAACAUUGAUGGUGCUAUGCGAGAAUUCCUACGCCACGAUCUCAAGGUUUAUCCUUUUGGACUCGAUGUUGCUCUGCUUCACGUUCACAACCACUCUGUGCUGGGCACGUUUCCAUCGACUCCAAAAAGAAAGCUUCUCACCAGAAUGGUUUUUCUGGCUGUUUCUGACUGGGCUCAGCAUUGGAUGUGUAUGCAGCGUAAAGUGGGUUGGUUUGUUCUGCACAGCUCUUGUCGGCCUUUACACUGUGGAAGACCUGUGGAACAAAUUCGGCGACCUGAAGAUGCCGAAGGUCGAACUGGCUUCCCAUGUUGCUGCCCGUGUGGUCGGUCUUAUUGUCGUCCCCAUGCUGGUAUACAUGUUUUCCUUUUAUCUCCAUUUUCUGAUCCUCGAAAACUCGGGACCUGGAGAUGCUCAGAUGUCCUCACUGUUCCAAGCCAACUUGAGGGGUACUGAAGUCGGAAAGAAUUCUCCGUUGGAAGUUGCAUACGGAUCAAAAGCAACCCUGAAAAAUAUGGGUUACGGUGGGGGGCUCCUUCACUCCCACGUUCAAACAUAUCCAGAGGGAAGCAAUCAGCAACAAGUCACUUGCUACCACCAUAAGGAUGCCAACAAUGAUUGGUUCUUUUACCCGAACCGAGCUCACAUGGACUUUGACCCAGAAACUGCCGAGGUCAAGUUGGUUGCCAACAACGACGUUAUCCGGCUAAUUCACGCACAAACUGGACGCAAUUUGCAUUCUCACUCCGUGGCAGCUCCAGUAACGAAGGCAGACAACGAAGUCUCCUGUUAUGGCAAUACCACGAUUGGUGAUGACAAGGAUCAUUGGACGAUCGAAGUCGUCAAUGAUGCGGUGUCUUCUGAUUACUCGAAGAUUCGAACUCUGACCACUGCUUUCAGGCUUCGGCACACUGUCCUCGGCUGUUAUUUGAGAGCUGGCAACGUCAAUUUACCUCAGUGGGGUUUCAAACAAAUCGAAACCACGUGUGUCAAGGAGAACAGGCCUAAAGACGUCUACACGCACUGGAAUGUUGAAGCGCACUGGAAUGACAAGUUGCCACCGGGCGAGGCGAAGAACUACAAGUCUCCAUUCCUUCGAGACUUCAUCCAUCUCAAUGUGGCGAUGAUGACUUCGAACAACGCGUUGGUUCCUGACCCUGACAAACAGGAUGAUCUUGCAUCGCAGUUUUGGCAGUGGCCGAUUCUGAAUGUAGGUCUUAGGAUGUGCUCUUGGGAUGACAACACCGUCAAAUAUUUCCUGCUUGGCAACCCUAUUGUUUACUGGGGUUCUACCGCCUCGCUAGGCGUUAUCGCCUUGUUAAUCUUAUGGUACCUUAUACGCUGGCAACGCGGAUACGAAGAACUGAGCCAGCACGACAUCGAUUUCAUCCACUAUUCCGCCAUUUACCCUGUUGUCGGAUGGUUCCUCCACUAUCUGCCGUUCAUGGCAAUGGCACGUGUCACGUACGUACACCACUACUACCCAGCCCUGUACUUUGCCAUUCUUUCCGCAGGGUUCGUGGUGGAUUGGACAACACAGAAGCUGGAAAGGAGGCUCGGGACAGAGAUUGAUGAGAUUGUGGUUGGACGGGUCCGCAUCCCAAACACUCCCAACCCAACGUCCUCUCUCUCAGAAGAGUCACAAACGCCAAAAGUCCCCCGACCAUCCUUUUCCUCUUCACCCUCAGUCGAUAGGGCUGCUUCUGGUCAGCCCUACAUUACCGGCACCAUUGCUCCCUCACGCUCUCGAGCGGACCCUAUCAUCCACCUCCGGACCUUAUCCUCCCAUGUACGGCCCUCCCUGGACGACCAACACUCUACUGCCUUAUUGAGUGAGAGCGAGAAGCAACCGACUCAAGAGGGCAGCCGGCGGCCUUCCUUCUCCUCCAACGACGAUACUGACGACUUCUCCCUCUGGAGCGAUACCGGUGACAUCGCCGAACAACUAGCCGAGGAGGAAGACCCUUUGCGCAUACAGCUCCAACCACUCAACCACGAGGGCAGGACUGUCGACGGCCACGGUGGAAGGAAUAAGAAACGAGUACACUAUCAAGAUCAGGACCCUUUAGAAAGGAAGACCACCCAUCCUGGAAUCGAUAAAGAGGCUAUCAGUAUCCCGGAGCCUGCUCAACGGCCUAUUUCCGUCUUUGAGAAGUACUUCGCAUACAUCAUGGCUCCGGGUGAUAGAGAGACGGCGAGAAGGAGGGGGCUUGUGGGAAAGCCAUUGUUAUUCCUUACCAGCGUGUUCGUGUCGCUAGGAGUUUUCUUGUUUGGAUAUGAUCAAGGCGUUAUGUCGGGCAUUAUCACUGGUUCAUUCUUUCUAGAUUAUUUUAACCGACCUUCUCGAGCAGAGAUCGGCACCAUGGUUGCCAUCCUCGAAAUCGGUGCGUUCAUCUCCUCGCUCAUAGUUGGUCGCAUAGGGGAUAUGAUUGGUCGCCGGAGAACCAUCUUGUACGGUUCAAUUGUCUUCUUCGUUGGUGGCGCGUGCCAGACGUGUGCAACCGCCAUGCCCAUGAUGCUGCUUGGUAGAAUCCUGGCCGGUCUCGGUGUUGGUGCGCUGUCCACCAUUGUGCCUGUUUAUCAGUCUGAGAUUAGCCCUCCACACAAUCGAGGCAAAUUGGCCUGCAUCGAGUUUACUGGCAACGUCGCUGGGUAUGCUGCCAGUGUCUGGACCGACUACUUCUGCAGCUACAUCCAAAGCCAUUAUGCUUGGCGCCUGCCGUUGCUUCUUCAGUGUAUCAUGGGAGCUUUGCUCGGGUUUGGCUCACUAGUGAUAUGCGAAUCGCCACGGUGGCUGCUCGAUAAUGACCACGACGAGGAGGGCAUCGUGGUCAUUGCGAAUCUGUAUGGAGGAGGUGACAUUCAUAACGAGAAGGCUCGCCAGGAGUAUCGCGAAAUCAAGAUGAAUGUCUUGAUGCAACGGCAAGAAGGGGAGAGGUCUUAUGGAGAUAUGUUCAGACGAUACCACAAACGUGUCUUGAUCGCCAUGUCAGCACAGGCAUUGGCACAGCUCAACGGUAUCAACGUCAUUUCCUAUUACGCACCGCUCGUUUUUGAAAGCGCAGGCUGGGUGGGUCGAGACGCAAUCCUGAUGACCGGCAUCAACGCCUUCACGUAUCUUGGCUCUACGGUACCGCCAUGGUAUCUGGUUGAUCGAUGGGGACGUCGCCCUAUUCUCCUCUCUGGUGCCGUUGCGAUGAUCAUCUCGCUAUCAUUGGUCUCGUACUUUAUCUUUAUCGACGUUCAUUAUACCCCAACCAUGGUUGUUAUAUUCGUUAUGGUCUACAACGCGGCAUUUGGGGCCUCUUGGGGACCAAUUCCUUGGCUCUAUCCACCGGAAAUCUUGCCUCUAAGUAUUCGCGCCAAAGGGGCAAGCCUGAGCACAGCCAGUAAUUGGGCAUUCAAUUGGCUCGUGGGAGAAGUAACGCCGGUGUUGCAGGCGGCUAUAAAGUGGAGAUUGUACCUCGUGCAUGCAUUCUUCUGCGCCGUUUCAUUUGUGGUUGUAUACUACCUCUAUCCCGAAACCGCCAAUGUUCGCUUGGAGGAUAUGAAUGCGCUCUUCGGCGAUGCUACCACCGCCAUGCCUACACCCGCCACUCAAGCCGAACGAGGAUCUCUGUUUGGCAUUGGAUCUCCAGACUCAAUAGAUAUCCGACGAAACAUGAAUCCUUCUGCAUUCAGUGCUGAUGCCGCCAUUCCUGGCCUCGACAUUAAUCCACCAUCCGUCGAGUAUGGAGACAAUGGGAGGCCUAUUCACGAUCGGGGCAGAAGGAAAGAAUCAGAGGUUGGGGAAGGGCUUGGUAGCUGGAUCGGGAGGAUGGUGACAACUCCUGGGCCCCUGUCCACUGCCCACCACGUCACGUCUACGAAAUUUAAAAACAUCUGGACUCGCCUAUUCCUCCGCGCCACGUACAUCAUGGCUAGUUCCACUCUUUUACCUCCAGUCUCAUCCGCAAAAUCUCGCCCCGGUGGCAUAGGUAGAGCUUUGACGGCGCCAGACAAGAUGGCGGUCAAUGGGCACUUUGCGUCUGCGGGACAGAAUGGCCAAGGCAGUUUCGAACAUGGGAUCCAGGUUAUUGAUGAGGAUAAAGAAUUCAAUUCAGAUCUUUCGAAGUACCUCCAAUUCACCCGUGUCUCUUCCGCUGGUUUCAAUUAUCACCUGAUAUCCGUCUUUGGCUCUCAAUCAACUGGAAAAUCCACCCUUCUCAAUGCUCUCUUCAACACGCAAUUCAGCACCAUGCAGGAAUCCGACAGACGGCAGACAACGAAGGGAAUCUGGCUAUCAAACAACAAGUCAUCACAAGCAGCAGACGCAAAGAUGGCAGAUAAUAUCCUUGUCAUGGACGUUGAGGGCACCGACGGUCGAGAACGUGGUGAAGACCAGGACUUUGAGAGGAAGGCAGCACUCUUCGCGCUCGCCACAAGUGAGGUUCUCAUCGUCAACAUAUGGGAGCAUCAGGUUGGAUUAUAUCAGGGCGCAAACAUGGGGCUGUUGAAAACUGUGUUCGAGGUCAACCUACAACUCUUUUUGAAAGACCGCAAAUCAACACACCGAAGUCUGUUAUUCUUCGUAAUCAGAGACUUCCUGGGAACAACGCCGCUACAGAAUCUGCGAAACACCCUGAUGCAGGACCUGACAAGGAUAUGGGCGAGUUUGUCCAAACCACCGGGCAUGGACAAGUCGCAGAUACAAGACUACUUCGAUUUUGCAUUUUCGGCACUACCGCAUAAGCUUUACCAACCAGAGCAAUUUACGAAGGAAGUGGCAAGGAUGGCAACGAGGUUUAAAGAAGGACAUCGUGAUGGCAGGAGAGAUGCCAUUAUGGGAGAGUUCGAGGGCGGAGUCUUCCUACCAGAAUAUCAUCGACGAAUUCCUGCCGAUGGUUUCAGCCACUACGCUGAGGGGAUCUGGGACCAGAUUGUGAACAAUAAGGAUCUCGAUCUUCCGACCCAACAAGAGCUUCUCGCACAGUUCCGUUGCGAUGAGAUAUCUCGAGAAGUCCUUGUCGCUUUCGACGAAGCCAUUGUCCCCUUCGAAAACAAGCAAGUGGAAGGUACUCGAACUGGGAAGCCGCAAAUACUAGGCGGCCUAGGCCCAGCGAUGCGUGCUGCUCGCUCAAAGACAAUCAAAGCUUUCGAAACUGAGGCAUCUCGCUACCACAAAGGCGUCUACCAACGAAAACGAACCGAACUCGAAUCCAAAAUUGACAACAGGCUGAAAGCGCUCUUCGCCGGCCAACUCGCCGCAGCCCACAAACAAGGCGUCAACGACUUCGCCGACGCCGUCACAGCGGCCGUCAAAUCUGGUCAAAAGAAAGGCGCCUCCUACGACUUUGCUGAGAUUGUCACCGAGCAAAAGAAAAUUGCACUCGCUAAGUUCGAGCGUGAAGCCAAAGCCAUCAUGAUUGAAGGUGCGCCCUGGUCCACUUACACGCAGCAAAUGUCCCUGUACCAGCGAGAGCUGGACGAAAUCUCCACCCGCCUCCGCCGCGACGAGAUGCGUCGCCUAGCCACCCGGGUAGAACGCUGGGUUAGGUCACGUCUGAACGACUCCGUCGGCCUUGAAUUCAAUGCUCUAGGGUCCGGACGCGGUGGGUCAGGUGCUCCUGACUCACCCGAGAAGCCAGCAUCCGAAAAGGCAAUCUGGGAUCGGAUUUGGACCCUCUUCACCACGACAGUUCGGGAAGCAGAACGACGCUUCAGCACCCGUGCCCGGUCUUUCGACGCUUCACCCGAGGAAGUCGAGGUCGGUGUUUGGCGGUUACGACGCAAGAGCUGGGGGGUUUUAAGGGCGAAGAUCGAGGAGGAGAUGAUGGAGGGGAAUUUGCUGUUGAAACUGCGAGAGAAUUUUGAGGAUAAGUUUCGCUACGAUGAGGCGGGCGUCCCGCGGAUUUGGAGACCUACCGACGAUAUUGAGGGCAUUUAUACUAAGGCCAGAGAGUCAACAUUAAGUCUGAUACCUAUCUUAGCCCAAUUUCGGCAUUCGGAGACCCAUGCCCCCCCGCCACUGAAUGAGUGGAUCGGACAUACGCCUCCUGCGGCGACGAGCGCGGAUGAAGAGGAUCUUGUGCCGAUUGGUGGAGUCGAUGAAGAUGAAGCAGCGGGUAGUUUGGAGGAGGAGACGACGAUGCUGAAUGAGUCGAAACGUCAGGACUUGGUCGUCCGCUUCAAGAAGGCGGCGGAUGGGGUGUAUGUGGAGGCGAAACGGAGUGCUGUUGGUGGGAUCACUCAAGUGCCGCUGUACUUUUAUGGUUUGCUGCUUGCGUUGGGGUGGAAUGAGAUCGUUGCCGUGCUGAGGAAUCCCCUCUACUUCAUCUUCCUGAUCCUCCUCGGUGUCGGCGCGUACGUUACCUACACGCUCAACCUGUGGGGUCCUAUGAUCAACAUGGCCAACGCGGCGAGUGCCCAAGCCCUGGAGGAGGGGAAGAAGCGGCUGAGGGAGUUCUUGGAGAAUAGUGAGAGUGGGAGGAGGGUUCUGGAGAUGGAGGGCCGACAUGGUCAUGGUGAAGCGUAUGAGAUGAAGAGUAUGAAUGGCGGUAGGAGUGGGAAGGUGCAGGUGGAGGGAGCGGGUAGCGGUGAGGAUGAAGGGGUUGCAGAGGAUAUAUGA